GCUGUCCUCGUUGAGCACAUGAGCAACUUACCACGAACAAAGCUGAUGUUCCUGUAACACCGGCUUUCUACUGCUGCUGCCAGCCCGCCGAAAACCGGGCGUCUCUCCGAAGGAAACUGUGAAAACUUUCUUACAGAAACUUCACAAUGGCCAACAAAACGACUCAUCUUGUUUUAAAGACGCUGCUGGACGUUUCUGAAGCUCUCUCUGUUAAAGUACUACGAGGGAACACUAAAAGAGCGAAUAUCAGACGCUUGAGCUCCUGUGGGGCCCUGGUAGCUAGAAGGGCCAGCCUGCCUCUCAGCCCGAACAUCCCUACCAUCACACCAAGCCACAGCUUCAUCAACCUGGCUGCUCCAAUCAGCGCCCGCAGGAUGGAGUACUCCGAAUGCCGGACAUUAGGGUAUACUCCAGAGCAGAUGUACAGUAUAGUGGCAGAUGUGGACCAGUACCAGAACUUUGUUCCCUGGUGCAAGAAGUCUCGGGUCAUAAAGGGACCAAAUAACCACAUCCUGGUGGAGCUUGAAAUCGGUUUCCCACCAGUCUUAGAGCGCUACACCUCUGAGGUCACCUAUGUUCCAAACCAUCAAGUCAGGGCCGUGUGUACGGAUGGAUCCCUCUUCAGCCAUCUUGAAACAAUAUGGAGGUUUGCCCCUGGAGCCAAAGAUCAACCGGCUUCCUGUAAAGUGGACUUCUAUGUGUCGUUUGAGUUCAGGUCUCUCCUGCACUCUCAGCUCGCCAGCAUAUUCUUUGAUGAGGUGGUGAAGCAGAUGGUCAGUGCCUUUGAAUCACGGGCUGCGACCCUCCACAGAAAACAGCAGGAGGCGUCACUGAGGCGACAGUCGACAUGAAGUUUUAGCUCCCUGCAGUUUACCUGGACCAAAGGGCUCCCCCAUACUUUUAACAUUAGUCUUGCACAGAAGACUGGAUCUUCUAUUUGCACUCACUCAUAUCUUCUUCACAUGGAAUAAACUAUUUAAGCUACAAGCUAAUUUAUGUACGCUCUCAUACAUAUCUAUUUAUUUAUGGAUAUGAUUAGUACAUGAUUAAAUUUAUAAUGCUGAACAAAGAUGUUCUCUUUGUGAUAUUAUGGGGUUGUACAUGUUUUUCUGAAUGAUUUAAAAGAGUUUUUUUCAUGUAAAGCAUUUUAUUUUUGUCAGGAAUUAAAAGACUCUUAUUUUGGUAAA